AUGACCAAGUACUUGCUCAAGGGCGGAACGAUCGCCACCUGCGAGAAGGGAAAACCAGGCGUCCGCGUCUUCAAGUCGGACGUUCUCGUCGCAGGCACGACGAUCACCAAGAUCGAGGAGAACAUGGCACCCGAGGCUGGCGUGGAGGUCAUUGACUGUACAGACAAGUGGAUCACUCCAGGUUUCGUGGACACGCACCGCCAUGUCUUCAUGGCCGUCAUGCGCGGCAACCACUGCGACUGGCUGCUGACCGAAUACUUCAUCAAGAGUCCUGCACGACACCUGACCGUCGCACUCUACAGGACCGUCCAGGGCGACCUCACCCCGGACGAGGUCCGCAUCGGCACCCUCGCCGGCUGCCUCGACGCCCUCCACAACGGCGUCACCACCCUCCUCGACCACUUCCACGCCGCGAACACGCGCGCGCACCUCGACGCCGCGCUCGCCGCCACGCUCGAGUCCGGCGCGCGCCUGCGCGCGGACGGGCGCGUGACGCUCGGGCUCGCGUACGACGUCCUGCGCGGCGCGGAUGUGGCGCCGCACGUCGAGUUCGUGCGCGCGGCGCGGGCGGCCGGGGCGCGGAUCGUGACCGCGCACGCGCUCGUCGACGAGCACGUCACGGCCUGGCGUGACGCGGGGCUCAUCGGGACCGACGUGCCUGCAGGGGCGCGCGGACCCCGAGGCGCGGCGUGGAAGGUGCUGAAGGAGAGCGGGGCGGGGAUCGGCGCGACGCCUGUGGAUGAGCUCGGGAUGGGGCACGGGAACCCGCUCGCGUUGGAGGCACUCGCGCGCGGGGUCAAGUGCGGGUUGGGUGCGGACGCGGUGUCGAUCAACGGCGGAGACAUGUUCACGCAGAUGCGCACGCAGCUCCAGUGGUCGCGCGGGGCCACGCACGAGAACAUCCGCCAGAACAAGCUCGCGCUCCCGUACAAGAACGAGUGGAACUCCGCGGACGUCUUCCGGCUCGCGACUCUCGGAGGGGCGGAGUGCUUGAACAUGGGGGACCUGAUCGGAACGGUCGAGGUGGGGAAGCGGGCGGACCUGCUCGUGUUCGACACCAACACGCCCAACCUUGGAGGGGCGGCAGACCCGGUCACGGGAGUGGUCUUCCACGCCGGGAGCGAGGACGUCGAGACGGUGUUCGUGGAUGGGGAGAUGGUGAAGAAGAACGGGAAGCUGGUUCGGAGCUGGGGUCCGGUGGCCAUGGAGCUGAGGAAGCACGCUGACGCGAUCCGCGAGCGGUGGUCGGCCAACAAGCUUGAAGGAGAGUGGAAGAAGUGGUGGGACACCUUCGGGUCGCCCGUGUGGUAG